ACCAAGAGGAUUUGGGUCAAGAACUCACAGCAUUCAUUAUUAGUCUGCCUUCCAGAAGUAGGUUAGGAGGAAGAGAUGGCAGAGAUCGCCGUCACUGUAGUCACCGAUAGGUUGCUCUCCUUGCUCGAUGAUGAAGCCAGAUUAUUGAGAGGUGUCCACACCCAAGUUGAAGAUAUCAAAACAGAGCUGCUCUACAUCCAAGCUUUCCUCAAGGAUGCAGAUGCAAAGGCCGAGAAAUGAGACACCGGCCAAGGCGUUAAAACUUGGGUCCAAGAACUAAGGGAGACGGCUUAUUGCAUAGAAGAUCUCGUCGAUGAAUACAUUCUUCACUUUGCAAAUCCCCCUCAUCGUCGUGGGGUCCUUGGUUUCCUCUGUAAGAUUUCUCACCUACUCCCGAAACUGAAACCACGCCAUGAGAUAGCCUCCAAGGUCCAGGAUCUCAAGCUAAAGGUGGGUAAACUGAAGGAAGCAAGUUCAACUUAUGGGUUUAUUAGUUCAUUUGAGCUAGGAUCAGGCAGCUGCAGUGGUACAAGUGUUCCAUGGCAUGACCCGGGAGUGACAUCUCUUUUCAUCGAAGACGCCGAAAUUGUGGGUAUUGAAUCUCACAAGGGUGAAUUGAUAAAAUGGCUGGUAGAGGGAGCUCCAGAACGAACAGUAAUUUCGGUGGUGGGCAUGGGCGGGCUUGGCAAGACAACUCUUGCCAAGAAGGUUUAUGACAACAAGAGGAUGGUGGAACACUUCGAUUGCCGUGCUUGGAUCACUGUGUCUCAGUCAUUCAAGAUGGAGGAGGUACUUCGGAACGUGAUAAAGCAAUUCUAUCUAGCAAGGAAAGAGUCAAUUCCUGAUGGUACCGAUGCAAUGGACGAGAUGUCUCUUAUUACUCGACUUAGGGAGUAUUUGGAGGAUAAAAGGUAUGUCGUUGUUUUUGAUGAUGUUUGGAAAUUAGAGUUCUGGAGAUUUAUUAAAUAUAUUUUACCAGAAAACAAAAGAGGCAGCAGGAUAGUAAUUACAACACGAAAUGUUGAAGUAGGUUCUGCUGUUAAAGAAUCUUCAUUUCAUUAUAUCCACAAUCUUCAAGCUCUACCUCCCGAAAGUUCCUGGGAACUCUUCUGUAAGAAGGCAUUUCAGGGUUGUUUCUGUCCUCCUGAAUUAGAGGAAAUUUCCCUUGCUAUUGUUAAAAGAUGUGAAGGAUUGCCGCUUGCAAUUGUGGCAAUGGGCGGUGCUUUAUCAACCAAAGAGAAGAAUGAGUUAGAAUGGCAGAAAUUUAAUAACAGUCUUGGUUCCCAAUUAGAAAGUAAUCCCCAUCUUGAAAAUAUCACUAAAAUUCUGUCCCUCAGUUAUGAUGACUUGCCUCACUACCUCAAGUCUUGUUUCGUGUACUUUGCCAUUUUUCCAGAGGACUACUCCAUUAAUUGUGGAAGACUCAUCCGACUGUGGAUAGCUGAAGGAUUUGUGAAAGGAAAGAAAGGAAUAACAUUGGAACAGGUUGCCGAAGAAUACUUGACUGAACUGAUUCAUAGAAGCUUGGUUCAAUUGUCCUACGUGGAUUAUAGAGGGAAAAUUAGAAGUUGCAGAGUCCAUGAUUUGAUGCGUGAGAUUAUCCUCAGAAAGGCUGAGGAGUUGAGUUUAUGUCGUUCUUUUGGGGAAGAAGACUCAAGCUUUGAUGGAAAAUUUCGGCGUGGAUCAGUUCAAAAAAGCACAGAUAAUGUUGUGGAGGCUAUUAAUAGGAACCCACAGAUUCGCUCAAUUUUGCUUUUUGACAUUGAUGCAGUGCCCAUGCUCUUUACAGGUACAUUCCUUGCCAACUUUAAGCUUUUGAAAGUAUUGGAUUUUGAAAAAGCUCCUCUAUAUAGUGUUCCAGAAGAUUUGGGAAAUCUGUUCCACUUGAGGUACUUAAGUCUGAGGAGGACAAAAGUCAAGAUGCUUCCAAAGUCCAUAGGUAAGUUACAAAACCUGCAAACUUUGGAUCUGAAACAUUCCCUCGUGGAUGCGCUUCCAGUUGAGAUCAAGAAGCUUCAAAAGCUGCGCCAUAUUCUAGCCUAUUCUUAUAACUACCAUUCUGCAUAUCAACUCCCAUCUGUUAGAGGAAUACUUGUAGGGGAGGUGAUUGGCAGUAUGGUAGAGUUGCAGAAGCUGUGUUAUGUGGAGGCAAAUCACGGGAAGGGCCUAAUUGCGGAGCUAGGAAAGCUGAAACAGUUGAGAAAGCUGGGCAUUACAAACCUUAUGGAAGAAGACGGGCUAAGUCUUUAUGCCUCCAUUUCAAAUAUGAAGUACCUUGAAGCGUUAUGCAUAUGUGCAAGGGAUGAUGAUAUUCUCAAGUUAGAAACUAUAUCUGAUCCACCCAGAUAUCUUAGAACUCUCUUUCUCCAAGGAUGCUUAAGCAAGUUGCCGGAAUGGCUUCUCACACUUCGAAGUCUAGUUCGUGUAUGUUUAAGAAGGUCCAGGUUAAGCUAUGAUCCAGUGGAAGUCCUCCAAGCUCUGCCUAAUCUAUUGGAGGUUGAACUCCACACUGCAUACGACGGUGAAUGUUUGUGUUUUUCGGAAUUAGGAUUUCAGAAACUAGAACGGUUACAACUCAGAGACAUGAAGGGACUGAAAACCCUGAAAAUACGCGAUGGAGCACUGCCUCUACUCAAACAUUUUGAAAUUGGGCCUAGCCCACAACUGGAGGAGGUGCCACCUGGCAUUCGCCUGCUCAAAACCCUUACAAGUAUUGAGUUUUGGGGCAUGUCAGAAGAAUUCGCAUUUAGUAUGGUACCAGAUCAUGGACAAAAUUAUCACAUAGUUGAACAUGUCCCCAAUGUCUUUUUCCACUUUUUCCGUUCUGGAGGCUACAGCACCAAGACACUAAGAUGACCACCAAAAAUGUCAUUCCAAAUCCCGGUGAUGAUUGUAGGUUGUGAUUGGUGAUAACUGUUGGGCACUGAUCAAGUUUGAAGUUCUUGUUACUGAAAAUCAAGUUGUGUAAGGGCACUUCUUUGAGCAUCCCAUAUAAGAUUGAUGUGAUGUUUUUCUCCUUUUCCAUGUAUUAUUAUUACUUUCCCUUCAGGGAUAGAGGAAAUCCCAGCUUCUAGAUUAUGCAAUACUAUUUAAGGUUUGAAUCAAUCAAUAGGAAUUGUUGGUGGUGGUGUUCACUAUGUUUGUAUGGUUGUUUAGGUUUUUAACCUAAACCAUGUCUCCAUGUUGAUGGGUCCGGACUAUUUCUUUGUUGCUCC